CUCAUCUAGAGUUCUCUACUCUAGCAUGUGUUUACCUUUCAUGUAUGUAUUUGGUAUGAUGCUGCUUCCUGCUACUGCCUACUUGCUCAGAAACUGGAAACACCUGUCGCUGUUAAUGGCCGUGCCUGGGCUGGCCAGCCUCCCCCUCUGGUGGCUGAUUCCAGAGUCUCCUCGCUGGCUAGUGUCUAAAGGCCGUUUGCAAGAAGCAGAACGCUUGUUAAGGUCAGCGGCUCUGGAGAACGGAGUGGAAGCUCCUCCUGUUAUCUUCCUCUCUGCAAAUGUUCAACAGUCUGAUAGCAAGAAGGCUGAGACCCUCAAUUUCCUGGACCUCCUAAAGGCCAAAAGCAUUCGAAGUGUCACACUCAUACUUUGGUUUCUCUGGCUUUCUACACAUGUGACCUAUUUUGGGUUGUCAUUCAAUAUGUCUACACUCUAUGGCAACCCCUUCCUGAAUUACUUCUUGCUGUCAGCUGUUGAGCUACCAGCAUACACUGUCAGCUGGCUAAGUGCAUGCAGGCUUUCCCGCCGCCUGUCUUUUAUCAGCUUCUUCCUGCUGGGGGCGCUAGCACUCUUCCUCAUCCAGUUCACUCUGCACAGCCAUCCAGCUCUCACCCUGUUCCUGGUGCUGCUGGGUAAAUUUGGCGUUCUGGUUGGCACGGGCAUUUUGUACAUGUUCACUGGAGAGCUCUCUCCCACAGUCAUCAGAAAUACAGUGAUGUCAUCCUGUGCCAUGCUCUCCAGAGCGGGAUCCUCUAUUUCCCCAUACCUACUGCAGCUGGCUGUGUUCUACGAGUUCCUGCCGUGGAUGCUUGUGGGUUCUCUCUCACUUGUCAGUGUCGUGCUCUGCUUUUUUCUUCCGGAGACCUUUAGAGAGCCGCUUCCCGACACCAUCGAUCAGAUGCAAGCAAUUCAGAGAUUCAGGUGGCCAUGUGCCUUCAAGCCACCCCAGAAGGAUGACAUGAAAUCAGCUAAAGACCAAACGUCUCUGCCUGAGAUCAUCUGUUCAACGCGCUUUUAAGACUCGGACACAGAAAUGAAUGAAGCUGCCUUCACCAACGCUACCACCAACAACAGAAUGUGAAACAAAAGACCUUAGUCCAUUCUGACAAGAUGGUUGUACUGUUUUCUGUCUCCAUCAUCUUCAAAGACUGUGAGAGAAACCGUAGAAUCUCCAGCAAUAUAGCAGCUUCUCUCUCCACAUUACAGAGCAAGGGGAGCUAAUACACAAUGAGUGUAAUUUUUUUACCUUUUAAAAGCAAAGGGGGGAAAAGUUUACCACGAUGAAGGUCUAGUUUAGCGUUUUUCCCUCCAUCGUUUAAAACACCCGUGCCUUUGAGAUAAACGUUAUUGUUAGUCAUAUGAAUGUGAAUGUGUUUAAGAAAUAAAGAU